GAGAGCGGAUAUGCAGCUUAUCACAUCCAUCCAUCAUGCUAUAUAAACAGGGCUCUGUACUCACCAAGGGUGUCUUAGCUUUUCCGCCUUCAACUCCAGUGUGAGGUGCGUGUGAAUCUUCUGUGUGUGUGUGUCCCUAAGUUUCGCCCCGAUGGCGUCCCCCAAAGGCCAGCUGACCAGGAAGGGGCUCCAGCCUGUGCCGAGGAUGCAGCCAGCCAUGAUGAUGUUCUCCAGCAAGUACUGGGCCCGUAGGGGCCUCUCUCUGGACUCGGCCAUGUUUGACCAGCAGCUGCACACUGGGGGCAACCUAGUGAGAGAAGGGUUCAAAAUGAUGGCUCGUAGGAACUCCUUUGGCAGAAUAGAUGAAAAACCUGAUAAAGAAGGCAAUAGUGCACCCCAUGACCCAGGGAAGACUGCUCUCAUAUUCUCUGUGAAAAAUGAAGUGGGCUGCUUGGUGAGGGCUUUGCGUCUUUUCCAGGAGAAACAUGUCAACCUGGUCCAUAUCGAGUCCCGCAGAUGCAAGCGCGUGCCCACAGAGGUGGAGAUCUAUGCUGAGUUCAACUGCACCAAGAAGGAAUUUAACGAGCUGGUGCAGUACCUCAAAGACCACGUCAAUAUCGUGUCCUAUAACACACCUCAGCAUGUGUGGUCUGUGGACGGAGACUAUGAGGAUUGUGUGUGUGUUCUGGGGAGCUUACCAGAUGGGGAAGGAGUUCCCUGGUUUCCUCAGAAGAUUUCUGAGUUGGACCAGUGCUCCCACCGAGUACUGAUGUACGGCUCCGAGCUCGACGCUGACCAUCCCGGCUUCAAAGACAAUGUGUAUCGUCAGAGGAGGAAAUACUUUGUGGAGGUUGCAAUGAAUUACAAAUUUGGGCAACCAAUACCUCGCAUAGAGUACACAGAAGAGGAGGUCAAGACUUGGGGGGUGGUAUUCCGUGAGCUCACCAAGCUCUACCCCAGCCACGCCUGCCGAGAGUACUUGAAAAACCUCCCAUUGCUCACAAAGCAUUGUGGGUACCGCGAAGACAACAUCCCCCAGCUGGAGGAUGUGUCCCUGUUUCUCAGAGAUAGGUCAGGGUUUACCGUGCGUCCAGUGGCUGGGUAUCUGUCUCCGCGUGACUUUCUGGCUGGCCUAGCCUACCGUGUGUUCAACUGCACCCAGUAUGUACGUCACAGCACCGACCCGCUAUACACACCAGAGCCGGACACUUGCCAUGAGUUACUGGGUCACGUUCCCCUGCUGGCCGACCCAAAGUUUGCCCAGUUCUCCCAGGAGAUCGGACUGGCUUCCCUGGGAGCAACGGACGAAGAUGUGCAGAAACUCGCCACGUGUUAUUUCUUCACCAUUGAGUUUGGCCUGUGUAAACAAGAAGGGCAACUGAGAGCAUAUGGAGCAGGGCUGCUCUCUUCCAUUGGAGAGCUGAGGCAUGCACUCUCUGACAAGGCCACAGUGAAGACAUUUGAGCCCAGGACCACUUGCAAUCAGGAGUGCCUCAUCACCACCUUCCAGGACGUUUAUUUUGUCUCGGAGAGUUUUGAGGAGGCCAAAGAAAAAAUGAGGGAUUUCGCCAAAACAAUCAAGAGGCCGUUCUCAGUGUACUACAACCCCUACACUCAGAGUAUUGACCUCCUAAAGGACACCAGAAGCAUUGAAAAUGUGGUGCAGGACUUGCGUAGCGACCUCACUACUGUGUGCGAUGCUCUGGGCAAGAUGAACAGAUACCUGGGCAUAUAGUCUUGUUUGCAUCACUCCCAUGGAAACGGCCAGCACUUUGUCAGUUUUCAGUUGGCUCUAGUUGUAAAUUGUGUGAUUGCAAAAUGCCUUCAAAUGUAUUUCACUGCCAAUUUUCUGUUGUGCUGCUAUAAAUCUCUUCCUACUUUCAUAGUUUAUUGCAGUAUAGACAAGGAAUAGUGCGGCUUCAGAUUCAGAAAGUCAAGUGUCAUAAGACCUAAGGUUUUAUUCGGCAACACAGACCCAGCCAUUUCAGUGUGAGGCCAGUGGCAAUGAGUCAUUGCAGAGUCCUCUUAUAUAAUGCUGGUUUUCUUCUUAUGAAAACAUUGUAAUCAUCAACACUUUAUUUAAGGACGCUUACUAUAGCAUACAAUUUCCUGAACGUGUAUGAGCUCUUAAUUUUCAAGAAAGCUCUUCACAUUUAUAAUCAUGUUUUGCCGUCACAUGACAGCAGAGUCAAAAACAAACAUAAAAAAGAAACAAAAACAUCAAUAACAAACAAAAACAGUAUUAAAAGAGAAAUUCUGAUAAGUAAAUACAGUAUAAUCAACAAUCAAUUAAUGGAAUUCAUACAGUGGAGUCAUUGACUGGCUUGUCCUGGCAUGUUGUGUCCUCAGUAUGUUUCUCAAAGUCACUGUGAUCAAGACCUAUACACUCAUGUCAUAUAUACAGUGAAUAAAGUGUUAACAUCUGAAAGUGUUAGCAUCUGAAUAACUGCUCUAACACUGUCCACUGCUGUAGCAUUAUAUAUUUUAAAUCUACAAUGGGAUGUUUUUAAAGACUGUAUUUCCUUUUAAUUCCCUUUCACCAAAAAACGUCGGUCCAUUGCAGCAGAAUUAUUAUUAUAUUCACAUUUUCCAAAAAGGUCAUUAUAAAAAUAUAUGUUGUCAAGUAUCAAAGAAUAUACUAAGAUCAGUUUAAAAAAAAACAGUGUUUUCAUCUUAAUAGUAUAUCACUGGAUCAUAUCUGCACUCUACAUUCUGAAAGUUGGUAGAAUUAAAUGGUACAUGUGAAUGAUACGUAUUUAAGCUAAAGUGUGAUGAUCAUAUGUGUUAACACAUUCAAAAAGCUGCUGUCUGAUCUAACAUUCAGUCUUGGGUGUAUUGUGAAUAUAGUACUGGAUCUGAAAUAUUUUGUCAUUCUCUGGUGUUAGUGAACUAACUGAUCAAAUGAAUUUACGAAUUGCAUUCAAAAUGUCAACUUAUGGCACAACUGUGGUCCCUUGUCAAGGCUUUCCUGACAUUAGAGAGAAAGGAAGUAUAGAAAUCUGUGUGCCUCACUGGACCUCAUCUUCAUCGUCCUGCCCAUCAAAGGCUUUCUCCUGGGGGAAACACAAACACAAACAGAUCAGGUUCAUGUCUAUCUGUGUGUGUGUGUGUGUGUGUGUGUGUGUGUGUGUGUGUGUGUGUGUGUGUAU